AUGGCAGAUAGUAAGGAGAGUAAUAGGAAUAUUAAGCUAGCUUACAUAAAAUAUUUGGAUGGUGUCAAGAGAGGUGUAAUGGAUAUAAUUAAAACAGAUCAAAUCCUUGGCCGUUAUACUUCUGAUUCAUCAUGCAUUUUUGAUAAAACUAAGAGAUAUAAAUUGAAAGAUCCUACUAAACUACCAGAGAAUUCACCCAGGAUUCAACUUUUGUGUAUAGCUGAAUUUAGUCUCAGCAUCGGAGGAAAGUGCCAAGAAACAGCUCGGUCAAUUGCAUCUACCAGUUCUCAAAAGUCGAGUACUAAUAUGUUUAAGCUGAAACAAUCAUCAGAAUAUUCAAAAAUCUUAAAAGCCAGGCAAGAAGAGAAGGAAUUACAAAAGAGAAAAUUACAGGGUCAAAGUGAUAAACGAAAAACCAAAUCAGUGAAACUGAGUGAUCACCAGACUGCGUCUUCUCAAUUUCAAGGUAACUUGAAUGAUUCUUUUCCAGCAGAAGACCAUCAAGGAAAAGAAACUCAUGAUGUCACUGAUGAACCAAUUUUGGAACAGAAGGAUUUGAAUCAAGAAAAAAACGAAACGGCCAUGAUAUUGAGUCGCCAGCCUUCUUCUUUUGCUCAAGUUGAAAACGAAACUGAUUCCUUCUCAGGAGGAGAGCAUGAAAAAGAUAAAAUACGUUUUGAAGAUAUAAAUACCCUAUUAGGAAGCGUUGAAAAGAAGGUUGAGCCCCAUGAACCUUUUUUUGAUGAAAAAGAAAGUCAUAAAAAUGUAGGUACUAACGAGGAUGAUGAAAAGCAUGAAUUGACUGGUGAAUCAAGCACUUUAGUAAAGAAGGAUAAUCAUCCAGAAAGUGGUGGACGCAAACCGAGAAUUAUCGACAAUCGUUGCCUUGACUCACUCAAACAAAAUAACUUAUUGAAAAAAAAAGAAAAACAGAUUUCUGAAUUAAAACAGGAACUUGGAAAUGUAGAUCGUAAGUAUCGGAAUUUAAAAAAUGACUACAAAGAAGUUAAACAGGAAAACAAAGAGUUGAGAGAUAGAAACCUUAAACUACAAGAUAACAUUAGUCAUGAUAUUAUGAAGCUUGGAGUAUUGGUGGACCAACAGAAUAAAAUUUGUGCUUCCAGCAGUAAUAUUGUUGACCCAAAACUUAAAAGUGUACCCAUUGGAUUUAUUGAACAGGAUGGUAGUGUUCAUAUGGGUCAAAAUAAAUAUUUGCCCGCCAGCAUUAAUGAUACUGUCGUAUCAUCAUUGAGUCCUGCAACUUUCGUAGGAAACCUCCUAGUUGCAGUAUUUGGGCCCACUGCUUUAAUGAAAAGUAGUCUCACAGGUAGAGUCAGCAACAGAAGAAUUGGCAAAAUAAAGAAAAAUAAAGAACAAGAUAAAGAAAAUGAAAAUGAGCACGGCGAAAAUGACUUGCCCCAAGCUGAAAAAUUAGAAAAGUUGGGUCCUAAACAACUGCUGGUAAACUAG